AUGGCAAAGCAUAAGGAAACGAUUGAGUUAGGGAGUUCGCUUACGAGCAGUACGGCUUCGAAUUCGGGGGCGGUAGGGGAUGAGGAGUUGAAGGGGGGUGGGAGGGAGCCAGUGUGGAGACGGGCUGUGAAUGCUGUUAAUCCAUUACAUCGAGGAAUCCCGCCACCAAUCCCAACUGAACCUCUCGAAAGCCCAGAACCACACGCGAAUAUCCUAUCAAAGCUGACAUGGAACUGGCUCACUCCUCUCAUGCGCGUCGGCUACACCCGUCCCCUCGAGCUGAACGAUCUAUACAAAGUCCCCGUGUCCCGUGAAUCAGGAAUGUUGGCCGACAAACUCAUGGCGAAUUUCGAGAAACGCGCGGCGGCGGUGAGGGAGAGAGGUGCGGAUCCGAUGGAUCAGGAGGAGAGAGCAUGGGUUUUGUUGAGGGCGAUCAAUGAUACGUUCUUUUGGCAGUUCUGGCUUGGAGGGAUUGCUAAGGUGACCGGUGACACCCUGCAAAUCUGUUCGCCCCUUCUCCUCAAGUCUCUCAUAAACUUCUCCACAAACGCCUACAUCGCAAAAUACACCAACCAACCCGGACCCUCGACUGGACAUGGUAUCGGGUUGGCGAUUGGGUUGUUGGUGAUGCAGGUCGUUGCGUCAUUUUGCCAGCAUCAUUUCUUUUAUCAGUCGAUGUUGGUUGGUGCAUGUUCGAGAGGUGCUUUGAUCAGUGCGUUGUAUCGGAAGACCUUGGUCUUGUCGAGUAAGUCGAGGUUGGCGUUUACGAAUGGGAAACUCACGAAUUUGAUGAGUACGGAUACGGGGCGUAUCGACUUUGCUGCUGGGUAUGCACAUAUCGUGUGGGCUGCGCCGGUGCAGAUCUGUAUUUGUUUGGUUAUCUUAUGUGUGAAUUUGGGGGCUUCGGCAUUGGCGGGUUUCGCGUUGUUGAUCUUGACGAUGCCGAUCACCGCUAAAAUAUUCAAGGGUUUGGCGAGAAAGAGGGUGGUCGUGUCCCGUAUCACGGAUGCGCGUGUUCGGUUGACUCAGGAAAUCUUGGGCGCGAUGAGGGUGAUCAAGUUUUACGCCUGGUCCUCCGCAUUCCUCUCCAAACUCUUCGACCUACGAGACAAAGAAUUGGCUAUGGUGAGGUACCUCCAAACCGUCCGACAAGCCGUCAACGCAGUCGCGAUGUCUAUCCCCAUCUUCGCCUCCAUCCUCGCAUUUGUUACCUACUCCCUCACCGGCCACGAUCUCGGCGCCGGAGUCGUGUUCUCAAGUUUGAGUUUGUUAAACAUGUUGAGGCUGCCUUUGAUGUUCUUGCCGAUGGUGUUUAGUGCUGUUACCGAUGCUUGGGUCAGUCUGGGGAGGUUGAGCGAGGUGCUUGGGGCGGGUGAGGUUGUUGAGGGUGGAGUGAGGGUUGUGGGGAAUGAUGAGGGGGAAGAGGCGGUGUGGGUUAAGGGGGGUUCUUUCGUGUGGGAGAUUGAAGAUGUUGAGAAAAAGGAGGAGAAGAAGGAGGUGGUAAAGAAGAAGGGAUUGGUUGCGCGUAUAUUUGGACGUGGGAAGGGUCAGGAGAAGGGCAAGGCGAAGGAGGAUCAUGGCGUAAUUCAAGAAGAGGACGCAAUCGAGGAAGAGGCCGAGAAGAAUCAGAUCGAUUUCCUGCAUAGAUCGGUUACCGGUUCCUCCAAAAAGAUCCCCGGCGAAGAGGAUUUGGAAGUCAAGGAAGUUGUCGUCACUACUCGUGAUCCGAACACGAUGGAUAACGCCCAGGCCGAGACACAAUAUCCGGCAGCAACUCUUGAAGCGGACCAAAUCGACACCGUCCCCGUCGCUGCCGUGUCUGCUGGUGAGCCACUUCACAAGCAUCAUCUCGAAGACAUUGAUUUCAAGGUGAAGCGUGGGGAGUUCGUGUGUAUCGUUGGUGCCGUCGGAUCUGGAAAAUCUUCCCUCCUCUCCGCCAUCGUGGGUGAUAUGACCACAGUUAAUGGUGAGAUCACCAUCGCUGGUACAGUCGGUUAUUGUCCCCAACAGGCGUGGAUUCAGAACACGACUGUGAAGGACAAUAUCUUGUUUGGUCAAGAGUUUGACCAGGCGAGGUAUGAGCGCGUCGUGAGUGACUGUGCCUUGGUUGCUGACUUGGAGAUGUUGCCCAAUGGUGAUUUGACUGAAAUUGGUGAACGUGGUAUCACCGUUUCUGGUGGGCAGAAGCAGCGUAUCAAUCUUGCUCGUGCGGCGUACUUUAAUGCUGACAUCGUGUUGUUGGAUGAUCCCCUCUCUGCUGUCGAUGCCCAUGUCGGCAGACAUCUGUUGGAUCACUGUAUCUGUGGGAUCAUGGCGGAUAAGACGAGAAUCUUGGUGACGCAUCAGUUGCAUGUCCUGCCUCGUGCUGAUCGGAUUUUCUGUGUUGUGGAUGGGAGGAUCACGGAGAGUGGCACCUACGACGAGCUCGUUGGGAAGGGUGGUGCGUUCUCGAAGCUCAUGGCUGAGUUCGGCGGCAAGGAGGAGGAGAAGGAGGAAGAGAAAGAAGCUGCUGAGGAGGAGGCGAUUGAAGAGGCUACGAAGCCAGCAGUGGAGAAGAAGGCUGCCGGUGUGCCUGGGAAGGGCCUGAUGCAGGCUGAGGAGAGGAACACUGGUGCGGUCAAGUUGGAGGUGUACACCACCUUCGCUAGAUCUGGAGGUGGGCUGUGGGUUAUCCCGGCCAUACUGGCGUUGGUUGCUGUGACGCAGUGUGCGAACGUUGCCAACAACUUGUGGUUGUCAUACUGGUCAGAGGACAGGUUCGGGAAGAGCAAUGGGUUCUACAUCGGGAUCUAUUCUGGGUUUGGAGCUGUGCAGGCUUUGUUACAGUUCAUGCUCGGUGCUGGGUUGGUGAUCAUUGGCAAUAAGGCAACUCAGGUCAUGCAUGCAAAUGCGGCGAAACGUGUAAUGAGAGCUCCGAUGUCAUUCUUCGACACGACGCCUCUCGGACGUAUCAUCAACCGUUUCUCCAAGGAUGUCGAUACGAUGGAUAACUUGCUGACCGACUCGUACCGCAUGUUCUUCCAGACCGCUGGUGGAAUCUUGGCGACCUUCGUCCUCAUCAUCGUGUACUUUUACUGGUUCCCUAUCGCGCUCGUGCCGUUGAUGAGUGGAUUCUGGCUCGCGGCAUUGUUCUACCGGAGUAGUGCGCGUGAGAUCAAGAGGUUGGACGCGGUUACGCGGUCACAUGUGUACAGUCACUUCGGAGAGACGUUGACUGGUAUUCCCAUGGUGCGAGCGUAUGGAGAACAAGCACGCUUCAAGCGGGUGAACGAGCAGAGUAUUGAUACCAUGAACCGGGCGUACCUCAUCACGAUCACUAACCAGCGAUGGCUUGGUAUCAGGUUGGAUAUGGUUGCCAACCUCCUCAUCUUUGUUGUUGCAAUUUUGUCGGUCAGUUCAGGCUUGAACGUCAGUCCUGCUAUCGUCGGACUCUUGUUGUCGUAUAUUGUUCAAGUCGGUGGAAUGAUGAGUUGGAUGGUUCGUCAACUCGCCGAGGUCGAGAACAACAUGAACUCGACGGAGCGUGUACACCAUUACGGUAUCCACCUCGAUAUGGAGAAACCUGAAUAUAUCCCCGAAAGAGCACCGAGACCGACGUGGCCCGAGAAGGGUGCGAUCGAUAUGAAGGAUGUGGUACUCUCGUAUCGUCCUGGGUUGCCGGCUGUCUUGAAGGGUGUUGAUCUCCAUAUCAACGGUGGUGAGCGGAUCGGUGUCGUGGGGAGGACUGGAGCGGGUAAGAGUACGAUUUUUGCGAGUUUAUAUCGGCUUAUUGAGCUUACUGCGGGUACGAUCACCAUUGAUGGCGUCGAUAUUGCGUCGAUUGGGUUACAUGACUUGAGGUCGAAGUUGUCUAUCAUCCCGCAAGACCCAAUCCUCUUCCAGGGCACGAUCAGGAGCAACCUCGACCCGUUCAGUGAGAGGACGGAUCAAGAGUUGUAUGAUGCCUUGAGGAGAUCUUGGUUAAUCGAAUCAUCCGACAUGUCAAAAGAAAGCGAGCAAAAAUUAACCCUCGACUCCCCCGUCGAAGACGAAGGUCUCAACUUCUCACUCGGACAAAGACAGUUAUUGGCGAUGGCCCGUGCCCUCGUACGUAAAUCUCGAAUCAUCAUCCUGGAUGAAGCAACAUCCUCUGUCGACUUUGAGACCGAUCACAAAAUUCAGCAGACGAUUGCGAGUGAGUUUGGGGAUGCUACGCUUUUGUGUAUCGCGCAUCGGUUGAGGACGAUUGUUGGGUAUGACCGGGUUUGUGUGCUGGAUGCGGGGAAGGUUGUCGAGUAUGAUACGCCGAUCAAUUUGUUUAGGAAGGAGGAUGGUGUGUUUAGGGGGAUGUGCUUGAGGAGUGGGAUUAGUGAGGGUGACUUUUAG